AUGGAAGUUCAUAUUACUUCAAACCAGAUGGUUAAGCCCUCCUCUUCAAAACUUCAUCUCUUUAAACCCUUCAAGAUUUCCCUUUUAGAUCAACUCACUCCCGGAAUGUACACUCCGGUACUCCUCUUUUAUGCUAAACCUAGUGAUUCCAAUAUCGACAGUUCCCAAUUCGCGGACCAACUAAAACAAUCGCUCUCGAAAGCUUUGACUCAGUUUUACCCUGCUGCUGGUCGGGUGAAGAACAACCUUUUUAUUACUAAUUUCGACGAGGGAGUUCCUUAUGUUGAAACCAAGGUGAAAGGUCGACUAUCUGAUUUCGUUGAGCCAACUCAGAAACUAGAGGCAAUGAACCGAUUGCUUCCUUGUCGACCCUUUCGCUAUAUUCAAGACUCAACAACAGCACCCCAAUUGGCUGUUCAAGUCAACAUCUUUGAUUGCGGUGGGAUUGCAAUAGGUUUGUGUGUUUUCCACAAGAUCUUCGAUGGAGCAACCCUGUCUGCUUUCCUUAACAGUUGGGCAGCUUCAGUCGUGGCUCGAAUGGCGAAAUACCAAAUCCUGGACUGUUAG